AUGUUCAGUCUCUUGAGAUGGUUGGCAUUUCAGGGUUUUGGUCUGGGAAUAGGGAUGACAAAUUACAUGAAAGGAAAGCUCAAGGAAAAUCAACCAAAAGUUAAUUCUGUUCCUCAAAUCGAAGAGAACAAAUACAUUUCUGCCGUACGCGAACCUUCAGAAGAGCGCAAAUUUAGUCUUGGAGGUAGUUGGCAUGUCAUGUCCUCUUUCUCGGUGAUGAACACAAGCUACUCCCCAUCCGAAUCAUCACGAGCUAUGUCUCCAGAAGUUGUAUCGCCGGCACAUCCAGAACGUCCCAUCAGACCUCUGCCCAAAAGAAGUCUCCGUGAACGUCUCUCUCCUAAUGUCGCCGAAUCGAUCAAAUACCCGCCCGCACCUAAAACUCAAACUCCCUUAUUCUACUAUCCAUAUACUGUUCGAGACGAGGUUGCGGCAAGCACUAUGUUAGAGGCUUCACAUUCAAGUGAACGCCCGCAGGUAGAUAAUGUCGAUCAGAAUUAUAUCCCACGGCGGAAUGGAGAAGAUCCAGAAAGUGAAGAGGAGGAGGUUUUCCGUUCUACGCGACUCUACCCAAGACAGUCAGUUGAUAGCUCUGGUCGUUCCUACCGCUAUGUUCAAAAGCCCGACUCCAAACAUCCAAAUCCUCACCCUCCUGGCUCAACUGCUUCUUCUGCAGAUGGUUAUGACUCAUUCGAGAAUACAAAUAAUAAGAAGAAACGCAAAAUUCCUACACCCGGAGACUCAAAUAUCAAUGGAGUUCAUCUUUCCAACGAUUUAGCAGGAAUGGGAAUAUCUGGUCAAGAUGAAGAGGAUGUCAAUGGUGCAGGAUACUAUCAUGCCGGUGGAUCGGUAUCUCAAGGUUUGUCGGGUCCUGGAAGAGGUAGAUAUGGCCGAAAUCGCAAUGGUAGAAGUCCCUUGAGAACUUUAUCUGACGUUUCGGGUAACUGGGGCAAUGGCCGCAAUUCAAAACAACGACAACCCCAGUGGCCCAUAUCUAACGAAAAUGCAGGGAUCAUCUCAACUGCAAUUGCAAACGCCGAGAAAGAACCUCCAAUAACUCCAUCGAGGGGUCAAGAGAAUAUUAGUUUGUUGCAACAACAGGCAUCGAAGAAACCGACCCCCACUUCUACUCAAUUCACUUUUACUUGUGAUUCUCAAGUACCGGCACCAGGACCCUGGCCUGGAUCAACAAAUACAAAUAUGCAUCAAAGUCCUGCUGGGAGGUCAAUGAUGACACAUGGAACACAGAUAGGCUCGAACAUGCAGACAAAAUCCCAACAAUCGGCGCAUGCGCAGAAGCAAAGUGUGCCUCAAACGGCACCCCCAAAAAGAACCCGACGUCGAGCGAGCAAAGAGUACCAAAUCGCCGCUCGCCAGCGUCGUCAACAACAAGAAUAUCAGAACAUCACUCAUCCUCCUAAUCCUGAAGAUAUUUGGAUUUGCGAGUUUUGCGAAUAUGAGAGUAUCUUUGGCGAAUUACCCAUGGCAUUGAUUAGGCAGUAUGAAAGAAAGGACAGGCGUAUUAGGAAGCAGGAAGCAGAGAGGAAAAGAUUACUGGAGAAGGCAAAGACGAAAGGGCGAAAGGGAAAAAAGGGUAGCAAGGCUGCAGCCAAGUCAAUUCCACAGGAUCGCCAAAAUCAACAUCAAAACUCUCAGCAAGGUCAUCCAGCAGAUCAAAACCACAGUCAAGGAACUCAAAGUGAAGAUUAUCCAGACGAUGAGUAUGAUCAUGAGUACGCCCAAGAUCAACCCACCUCUCCCACUACUUCUUCAUCUUUUCGUCCAACUGAGGUCUUGCAGGCUGAUCAAGGCAGGCGCAUCGAUGGAAAUCCCGGAAGAAGUAGUGAUGGUCGAAUUGUGACCUGA